ACAUUUCAGAUAUCUACGUGACAGCAGACAGUGCUCUGCGGGACCACAUUCCCGGAAAAGAACAGCCUCCGCAGAAACGACUGUACCCGCCUUUCGGAGACGACCUUUCACCACCCAAUUACCGUCAAAUCAGCGUCAUCCAAGAUAUUUCCAAGUCCAGCACAACUGCCACUUUAAGCCCACAAUAUGACCACGGCGAAAGCAGCACUCCGAUCCCUGCGUCCGGCAUCACCGUUGAACCGCGUGACAUGCUCGAGAGAAUCGUUCAGAGCCCCGACGACGCCCGGUACGCCGACAUUGCGUGGGACCAUUUAGGCCUCGAGGCGGCCUUGUCGUCUAGCGAAGACAACGUAGGCGACGCCAGUAACGAACUGUCCUCUCAGGCUGCGCUGGUGUCGAACCGCGCGGCGCUCACGGUCGCCGACGUCGAGCGUGUGGCGAGACUCAAGCUGGAACCGCAGGCCAGGAGGUAUUUUUUCUCGGGAGCCGAUCGCCAGCAGACUCUCAAGGAGAACACGGAGGCUUUCAAAAGACUUCGUUUCCGACCUAAGCUUUUGGUGGACGUAUCGCAAGUCAACACGACGACCACAGUGCUUGGACAUCACAUCUCGAUGCCUGUCGGGUUUUCACCGGCGGCCAUGCAGAAACUGGCACACAAUGAUGGUGAAGUGGGAACUGCACAAGCCGCCCAGGACGCCCGCACCGUGAUGAUCCUGAGCUCGCUGAGCACCACGUCUUUGGAGGAGGUGCGCAGGAGAGCCCCCCUGUGCCUGCUCUGGUUCCAGACGUACCUGUUCCGGGACCGGUCGCUCACCGAGUGGCUGGUCAAGCGAGCGGCCAAGGCGGGAUACUCGGCCAUCGUGCUGACCGCCGACUCGCCCGUCGUCGGACACAAGCUGGGACCCGUGAAGAACCGUUUCGAGCUGCCGCCAAACGUGACGUUCGCCAACCUCAAGGGCAGGAACGAAAAGUCCGACGUCCAGUCGGGCGCCCAGGAGGAUGUGGACGACUACAUCUCACGCUCUGUGUCGUGGCAGGACAUCGGCUGGCUCAAGCGAAUCACCGGACUUCCCGUCGUCGCCAAGGGAGUACUCACACGUGAGGCGGCUCUGCAAGCCUACCACCACGGCGCGGCUGCCAUCUUGGUUUCCAAUCACGGAGGCCGCCAACUAGACGGAACACCGGCCUCGAUAGAAGCGCUGCCCGAAAUCGUGUCGGCGGUAGGCGGUCGCCUGGAGAUCUACCUGGACAGCGGAGUCCGCAGCGGUGCUGAUGUGGUCAAGGCACUCAGCCUCGGAGCCCGGGCGGUGUUCGUGGGAAGACCGGCUGUUUGGGGCCUUGCGUACAAUGGCAAGCAAGGUGUGGACAGAGUUCUUGAAAUACUAAGGAGCGAGCUUGAGCGAACAAUCCAGCUGCUGGGUUGCAAGAACUCAAGCAGUCUCAACUCAGAGUUCGUGGUUCACAAGGACCACUACGCCAGGACAAGAUGGAGAAACUUUCCGCGCCAAGACUUGUAAAUUUACCUAAGGCGCUAUGCUACUCGAAAAUCCCUGACAAAGCCCAUGCAGCACUAUCGCAUCACAAUGACCGCAA